GUUUUAGGUCAUGCUACAUUACUCUUACAGCUACCCAGAUGAGAGUGUACCGCAGAUGAUUAUACCUAUUGGGCAUGAACUAUUUCUUCCUAUGUGGCCACAGAUUAUAGACACUGAAGAGGCAGUACGAGACCUUCAGCCAUACAAAAGAAGCUAUGAUGGCUGCUAUUUUGAAGAUGAGUUGAAACUAGCUACAAUGAAAAGAUAUACAUACAAAAACUGUCUAAUGGAGCGUCGUAUGGAUGCUGCUGUCAAACUCUGUGGUUGUUUGCCUUUUACAUUCCCUAACAAAGUUGUGGUGAUAGCUUCAGUUAAUGGCAACUUGCUUUGAAUGUUUGUGUUCAUUAUCAAACCAUUAUAUGAGCGAGCAUUUGAACAUUCUGAGCUGUUCACAACUGUUCAACUUUGAACAUUCUGUGUCUGUAAUUUAAAUGCCAACCUAUAAAUUAAGCUAUUACUCAUUGUCUAGUGAAUUGAGUAGUACUUUCUCAUAAUAAGAAUAAAUAAACUUAA